AAAGGCUCCUGUGUCAGGUAACAUGCCUGCACACUACAGUAAAGGAAGGUGUUCAGGAAGUCAAACCUCUGGCUUUGCUACUUUGUGUGACAAGGAACAUAGGGGAACAAAUUACUUUUGCUCCUUCAAGACGGAGGCACUGUCACCUGGAUGGUCUAAAGGAAACAAGGGGCAGGAGUAGAGCACCUGGCCUUCCCCCUGGGUACCGCCAUCAUCCGGAAAAGCAGAUUCUCUGAUUCUUGGAAACGGAGGAUUGGCAAGACAGCUGAAAAUGACCAAGAAGAGGGUGCACUGGGUACCCAGAUCUUCUGGUGGUCUCGUGAAUCUCGGCAUGGACAUGAGCAAUGACAUGGUUUCAGGGCUUAGCUACAAUACUUAUACUGUAGGAGAUGGCUUGUGGAGCCGGCAGGUGAAGAAGCCUGAAGCACCAGCGACAGUCCUCCCUUGGGAGAAAUACAAUGCUGCCUGGAGAACCAUGAUUCCCUUCCGUCCCAAGCCAAAGUUUCCUGCCCCACAGCCCAUGGAUGAUGCUGGCCUGUUCUCCUACCUCACGAUGUCAUGGCUCACCCCCUUCAUGAUCCAGGGUGUACGGAGACGCUUGAAUGAGAACACCAUCCCCCAGCUGUCAGUACAUGAUGCCUCAGACAAAAAUGCUAAAAGGCUCUGCCUCCUUUGGGAAGAAGAAGUCUCAAGGCACGGGAUUGAAAAAGCUUCAGUGCUUCGAGUGAUGAUGAGAUUUCAAAGAACAAGAGCUCUUUUUGAUAUAUUUCUGGGUUGCCUCUUCUCUGUCAUGAGUGUGCUAGGGCCAAUGCUGUUUAUACCAAAGAUCCUGGAAUAUUCUGAAGAGCGGUCAAGGAAUAUUGCCUAUGGGGUGGGACUCUGCUUUGCCCUCUUUUUCUUAGAGUGCCUGAAGUCACUGAGUCUGUGCUCCUGCUGGGUCUUAAGCCAGCGCACAGGUGUCAGGUUUCGUUCCGCUGUUUUCUCCUUUGCUUUUGAGAAGCUAAUACAAUUCAGGUCUCUAACACACAUCACCACUGGAGAGGCCAUCAGCUUCUUCACCAGUGACAUAAACUACCUGUUUGAAGGGGUGUACUACGGUCCCCUGAUCUGGCUCAUCUGCUCGUUGCUGAUUUCUUGCACUCUCAGCUCCUACUUCAUUCUUGGACCUACUGUGCUCUCCGCCACUUUUUGCUAUCUUCUGAUUUUGCCAGUGGAGGUACUCCUGAUCAAAAAGAUUGUUAAGAUACACAGUCAUUUAUCUGAGAUCAGCGACCAGCGCAUCCGUGUGACCAGUGAAGUUCUCACCUGCAUUAAGCUGAUUAAAAUGUAUGCAUGGGAGAAACCAUUUGAAAAAAUAAUUAAAGACCUCAGAAGGAAGGAAAGGAAACUAUUGGAGAAGUCUGGGAUCAUCCAGAGCCUGACUACUGCCUCCCUGUUCAUAGCCCCCACAGUGGCCACAACGGUGAUGUUCCUCAUCCACACAUGCUUACAACUGAAACUCACGGUUUCAUUAGUCUUCACUGUGGUGGGCACUUUGAUUCCCUUGCGGCUGUCAGUAUUCUUUGUGCCCUUUGCAGUAAAAGGCCUCACGAAUUCCAAGUCUGCAGCAGAAAGGUUUAAGAAAUUUUUCCUCCAGGAGAGCCCAGUAUUAUAUGUCCAGGCAUUGAAAGAUCCUAGUAAAGCGGUGGUUUUAGAGGAGGCCACCUUGUCCUGGCGACAGACCUGCCCUGGGAUUGUCAAUGGCGCUGCAGAGCUGGAGAAGAACGGGUGUGCUCCUGAGGGGAUGACCAGGGCUCAGCCAGCUCGAGGAGCCCUCAGGCCAGAGGACACAAGGGACAGCCUACUCCCUAACUUGCAAAAGUUAAACCUGGUGGUGCCUAAGGGGACCAUGUUGGGGGUCUGUGGCAACACUGGGAGUGGCAAGAGCAGCCUGCUGUCAGCCAUCCUGGGAGAGAUGCACUUGCUGGAGGGCUCAGUGGGAGUGCAUGGAAGCCUGGCGUAUGUCCCUCAGCAGGCCUGGAUCAUAGGGGGUAACGUCAGGGAGAACAUUCUCAUGGGACGCCAGUAUGACAAGGCCCGGUACCUCCAGGUGCUCCAUUGCUGCUCCCUGAACCAUGACCUGGAAAUUCUGCCCUUUGGAGACAUGACAGAGAUUGGGGAGCGGGGCCUCAACCUCUCUGGGGGGCAGAAGCAGAGGAUCAGCCUGGCGCGUGCUGUCUACUCUGACCGCGAGCUCUAUCUGCUGGAUGACCCCCUGUCUGCUGUGGACACCCACGUGGGGAAGCACAUCUUUGAGGAGUGCAUUAAGAAGAUGCUCAGUGGGAAGACCAUCAUUCUGGUGACCCACCAGCUGCAGUACUUAGCAUUUUGUGACCAGAUCAUUUUCUUAGAAGAUGGGAAAAUCUGUGAAAAAGGAAUUCACAGUGAAUUAAUACAGAAAAAAGGGCGAUAUGCCCAACUCAUCCAGAAGAUGCUUGGAAAAGCCACACAGGACAAACUGCAGGACACAGUAGAGACAGCAGAAGACCCUCAGGGGCAAGGGCAGGCCUGGACCACCUGCCAGGAAGAAAUUCUUCAUGAAAAUGAUGUGCUGGAGAAUCAGCUCACAAGAAAGGAGAUGAUGGAAGAAGGGUCUCUGGGAUGGAGAGUCUACCACCAUUACAUCCGGGCGAGUGGAGGUUACAUGAUGUUUGCCAUUGUUUUCUUUCUCAUGAUGGGGAUCAUCUUCCUCACGACCUUCAACUUCUGGUGGCUGAGCUAUUGGUUGGAGCAGGGCUCAGGGACCAAUAGCAGCCAAGAGAACAACGGAACUACUGCAAACCCAGGUGACAUACUGGACAACCCUCAGCUGCUGUGCUAUCAACUGGUGUAUGGACUCAGUGUCCUGCUACUAAUCUGCAUAGGUGUCUGCUUCUCGGGGUUUUUCACCAAGAUCACAAGGAAAGCAUCCUCAGCAUUGCACAACGAGCUCCUCAACAAGAUUUCUUGCUGCCCCAUGAGCUUCUUUGACACAACCCCAACAGGCCGACUCCUGAACUGCUUUGCGGGGGACUUGGAUGCCAUGGACCAGUUGUUGCCUGUUGUUGCUGAAGAGUUUCUGCUCCUGUCUUUGAUGGUGGUCGCUAUCCUGUUGGCUGUCAGUGUGCUGUCUCCAUACAUUCUGUUGAUGGGAGUCAUAUUAUUUACUCUUUGCCUUAUUUUUUUUUCGAUGUUUAAGGCACCCAUCAACGUGUUCAAGAGGCUGGAGAACUACAGCCGCUCCCCUCUGUUCUCCCACAUUCUCACCACUCUUCAGGGCCUGAGCUCCAUCCAUGUCUAUGGAAAAGCUGAAGACUUCAUCAGCGAGUUUAAGAGGCUGACUGAUGCACAUAAUAACUACCUGUUGAUGUUCCUGUCGUCCUUGCGAUGGAUAUCACUGAGGCUGGAGAUCACGACCAACCUGCUGGCCUUCGCUGUGACUUUGUUCGUGGCUUUUGGCAUUUCCUCUGCCCCUUAUUCUUAUAAAGCCAUGGCUAUCAGCCUCAUUCUCCAGCUUGCGUCCAACUUCCAGGCCACUGCCCGGAUUGGUUCAGAGACAGAGGCAUACUUCACAGCUGUGGAGAGGAUAUGUCAAUACAUGAAGAUGUGUGUUCCUGAGUCUCCUUUAUGCAUAGAAGGCACGAGCUGUCCCCCUGGGUGGCCACAGCAUGGAGAAAUCACAUUCCAGGAUUAUCACAUGAAAUACAGGGACAACACACCCAUUAUCCUCAAUGGCAUCAACCUGACGAUUCACAGUCAUGAAGUGGUGGGCAUUGUGGGAAGGACGGGUUCUGGGAAGUCCUCCUUGGGGGUGGCUCUCUUCCGCCUGGUGGAGCCUACAGCAGGCAGGAUUCUCAUUGAUGGCGUGGACAUUUGUAGUAUCAACCUGGAGGAUCUGCGGUCCAAGUUCUCCAUUGUCCCUCAAGAUCCUGUCCUGCUUUCAGGAACCAUCAGAUUCAACCUGGAUCCCUUUGAUCGUUACACAGAUGAACAGAUCUGGGAUGUCUUGGAGAAGACAUUCCUGAGCAUGACAAUCUCAAAGUUACCCCAAAGACUGCAAGCAGAAGUUGUGGAAAGUGGCAGAAACUUCUUCUCUGUGGGGGAGAAGCAGCUGCUCUGCAUUGCAAGAGCACUCCUUCGCAACUCCAAGAUCAUCCUUAUUGAUGAAGCCACAGCUUCCAUCGAUAUGGAAACCGAUAGCCUGAUCCAGCACACAAUCCGUGAAGCCUUCCAGGGCUGCACAGUGCUGGUCAUUGCACACCGCAUCACCACUGUGCUCAGCUGUGACCGCGUCCUGGUCAUGAACAAUGGGAAGGUUGUAGAGUUUGACAGGCCUGAGGUCCUGCAACAGAAGCCUGAGUCUGCGUUUGCUGCCCUGCUGGCAACAGCCAAUUCUUCACUGAGCUAAAGAGAACUGGUGACUGUGGGAGCUGAUGGCAGAGCCAAGUGCAGCUGGGAAGUCUGCAGUCUUUGACUUUCUUGAAUAGAGAUGGCUACUUCUCCUGAAAGCAGGGCUGAAAUGUGCUCAGAGGUGCUGUAAAUGGGAUAGAGAAGAAGAUUGGGGGAGCAAAACCUAGAAUAGGCCACUUGAUGGCUCCCCAAAUCUGGGGAACCCCCAUGCCAUUUGAGACCAUGUGGUCAGAUCAGCAUGUGUCUCUUUUUAAUUGAUAUGUUGAGUAAUUUCAUAAUAAUGUGAAAGCCUAUUACAUUUUCUGGAUCUGUGUUAAAAGAAUUGCAAAUGCUGUAUUGAUUUUGUGAAAAAAAAAUAAAAAUAAGAA